AUGCGUCUCGCUUUUGUAUUUGCAACAGUGAUCGCGGCCACUCUCCUCGCCAGUGGCUCUGCAUUCCCUUCGGCCAUGGAUCCCAGCACUGCGGUCGGGAACACGGCUUCGUCUGCCUGUCAUGACCCAACCCACGCCGAGGACGGACGGCAGCUGCGUCGUGUCGACGGCAGCAUAGACGAAGGGCGACUCUGGAGUAUCAAGGGACUUUUGGCGAAGCUGAAGCUGACAAAACCGAAAAAGCUUUCAAAGAUGGAACAGUUCAAGAAUGACGAGGGUAAAAUGUAUGAAUACCUUCGGAAGCAAGCCAAGAAGCUUGGCAUGGAGUAG